GAAAAUGAAUGGAAAAAGUGGGGUCUAUUUAUUCCACUAUGUAAUGAAUUUGUCUACAUCCUACUAUACUCUCUUUCCUACACAUCCACCCUUACAAAAUUCCAAAGAAAGUUCACAUGCUUUGUUUGUUUGUGAAUUCCGACUAGCAAUAAGGUCAGUCUGCAUUUUUGCUUUUGCCAUGACUACUACUGCACUUGUUCUCUUAGCGGUUUCAUGCUGCUUCUUGUGGUUGAAUCUAUCGUCACCUUUGCAAGUUGAGGCAGCAGCAAAAGUGGUUAAUCCUCAAAUCACUGUGAUGGGUAUGGUUUACUGUGACAUUUGCUCCAAUAAUUCCUUCUCCAGGCACAGCUACUUCAUGCCAGGUGUAGAAGUUAAGAUAGACUGCACCUUCAAGGCAAUGGCAACAAGGACAGCAGAACUGGUAUCAGUGUCAGUGAACAGAACUACCAACAGACAUGGAGUUUACAGGUUGGAGAUACCUUCUGUGGAUGGAAUAGAGUGUGCUGCAGAGAAAGAAGUGGGCACUUCUUGCAGGGCUACCCUUAUUGGAAGCAAAUCUUCUUCAUGUAAUAUACCUGGCUCUACAAGAACCACUACUGAUGAGAUUACCAUCAAAUCUAAACAAGCAAACAUGUGCAUCUAUAGUCUCAGUGCUUUAAAUUUCAGACCUUCUAAGAGAAAUGUUGCUCUCUGUGGAAAUUAACGCCCCAACUACUUAGAUGGCUUCCCUUUUAAGUGUUCCAUAAUGUCUUCUCCUUCUCUUUCACUUUCAUUUCCCAUUUAUAGGGAAUAACAUGUAUAAUUCACGUCUCUUUUAUUUCCAGUAUAAUCAAAAGCUUGCAUCACACUGUGCUGUUAAAUGCAUGUGAAUACAAGGAUAUGUAUUAGAAACA